GUCGUGACUCUUUACGUUCUAUCUCACAAGCUACUUCCGCGUUGUUGUUAGCACGUUAGCAUUGAGCUUCCUGUUCUCCGGAAAGUAGUUAACUUGUGUCAUUUAUUCAGCCCCUGACCGCUGUUUCCAACACAGACGUUUCUUCGAAAACAGACGAAGAACUUUGACGGUUUUUGGGCAGAAAGUGGUUCCAGGUCUGGUCCAGGGUCGUUGAACAGUUAAUGCACAGAGUAAAGAGGCUGAAAAUUGAAGAUAAAACAGAAGACGGCCAGGAAAGCGUCAAACAGGCACUGGCAGGCAUGAUGGGGGUGGACGAGCUCACAGACAGCACGGAGGUGGUGGAGAUGGAGGAUGUGAAUCCCACCCAGUUCCAGGUGGAGAAACAUACCUGGGACGGCCUGCGUAAGAUCAUCCACAACGACAGGAAGCACACCGGCAUGGUCAUCAACAAGGCGCCGCACGACUUCCAGUUCGUCCAGAAGGACGAGGCCAGCCCGCACUCGCACCGCGUCUUCUACCUGGGAAUGCCGUACGCCAGCAGGGACAACGCUCUGCUCUACUCAGACAUUCCCAAGAAGAUCCGCCCCAAUGCUCUGUUGGUGUUGUCAUGGAAACAGCUGCUGAACCACUUCCGGGCCAGCCCUCGCCACGGGGGCUUCUCCCGGGAGGAGGAGCUGCUGCGAGAGAGGAAACGUUUGGGGGUUUCUGGCAUCACCUCCUAUGAUUACCACCGACCCAGCGGCCUCUUCCUCUUCCAGGCCAACAGCAGCCUCUACUUCUGCCGUGACGGGGCAAACAACACCUUCAUUACUUCUCCCAUGGAGCCUGUUGAGAUUAAGAGCCAGACUUCAGGCACACGCAUGGACCCCAAGAUCUGCCCAGCGGACCCCAACUUCAUUGGCUUCAUCAACAACAACGACAUCUGGGUGACCAGCAUCGAGACUGGAGAAGAGAAGAGGCUGACCUUCUGCCAUAAAGGUAUCGAUAAUCCCAAAGAGGACCCCAAAUCUGCUGGUGUUGCCACUUUUGUCACACAGGAAGAGUUUGACCGAUUCACCGGAUACUGGUGGUCUCCAGCUGCACGAGAAGAAUCAGACGGCAGUAAGACUCUCCAGGUUCUCUAUGAGGAGGUGGACGAGUCUGAGGUGGAGAUCAUUCAUGUUCCCUCUCCGGCUCUGGAGGAGCGUAAGACUGACGUCUACAGGUAUCCACGUGCAGGCAGCAAAAAUCCUGACAUUACUCUCAAAAUAGCAGAAAUUAAGACAGACAAUCUCGGCAAAAUUGUCAGCACUCAGGAGAAGGUGCUGCCUGUUCCCUUCACCAGCCUGUUCCCUGAUGCUGAAUACAUCACCAGAGCCGGGUGGACAAAAGACGGCAGAUAUGCGUGGGUGGUGAUGAUGGACCGGCGGCAGCAGCAUCUCCAGCUGGUCCUGCUGCCUCCAGCCUUCUUCAUCCCUGCUAACCAGGAUGAAGCCAGCCGGCAGGAGAGCCUGGAGGCCCUGGGGGACGCCGUCCAGCCCUUCAUCAUCUACGAGGAGACCAGCGACAUCUGGAUCAAUGUCCAUGACCUCUUCCAUCCGUUCAUCCAGACCAGUGAUGAUGAGAUCACCUUCAUCGCAGUAAACGAAUCAAAAACGGGUUUCUGCCACCUGUAUAAGAUCACCUCACUGUUACAGAGAGGAAGCUACAACUGGGCCAAAGGCUACACACACUCUGAAGAUGAUUUCAAGUGUCCCGUCAAAGAGGAGGUGACGAUAACCAGCGGGGAGUGGGAGGUGCUGGCCAAUCACGGAGCAAAGCGCUCCUCCAGUCCUCAGAUCUGGGUGGACGAGGCAGCGAAGGUGGUUUACUUCCAGGGAACCAAAGACUCUCCUCUGGAGCAUCACCUCUACGUGGUCAGCUACGACUCACCGGGGGAAAUCGUCCGACUCACCAAACCCGGAUUCUCCCACAGCUGCUCCGUCAGCCAGACCUUUGACAUGUUCGUCAGCCAUUACAGCAACCUGACGACUUCCCCCUGUGUUCACAUCUACAAGCUGCAGGGCUCGGAGGACGACCCGCUGCACAGAGAGCCUCAGUUCUGGGCCAGCAUGAUGGAGUCCUCUGGUUUUGCAUUCGAUGCCUCUCCUCCAGAGAUCUUUAGCUUCACAGGGAAGUCUGGCUUCGAGCUGUACGGCAUGCUGUACAAACCUCACAACCUGCUGCCGGGCAGGAAGCAUCCCACCGUCGUCUUCGUCUACGGCGGCCCACAGGUCCAGUUAGUGAAUAACUCUUACAAAGGCGUGAAGUACCUGCGUCUGACCACGCUGGCGUCUCUGGGCUACGCCGUGCUGGUCAUCGACGGUCGAGGCUCCUGCCAGCGGGGACUCAAGUUCGAAGGAGCCGUGAAGGACAAAAUGGGUGAGGUGGAGAUCGAGGACCAGGUGGAGGGUUUGCACUACGUCGCUGACAAGUACAAGUUUGUGGAUCUGACUCGAGUCGCCAUCCACGGCUGGUCGUACGGAGGCUUCCUCUCCCUGAUGGGCCUCAUCCACAAACCAGACAUCUUCAAGGUUGCCAUAGCAGGAGCUCCGGUGACGUUGUGGAUGGCGUACGACACCGGCUACACAGAGCGAUAUCUGGACACUCCGGAGAAGAACCAGAAGGGAUACGAGGCGUGUUCAGUAGCGCUGCACGUGGACAAACUCCCCACUGAGCCCAACAGGUUGCUGAUCCUGCACGGCUUUCUAGAUGAGAAUGUGCAUUUUUUCCACACAAACUUCUUGGUGUCUCAGCUCAUCCGGGCAGGAAAGCCGUACAACCUCCAGGUUUAUCCCAACGAGCGACACAGCAUCAGAUGUCCAGAGUCCGGAGAACAUUAUGAGAUUACGCUGCUUCACUUCCUCCAGCAGAACCUCUGAUAAGCCUUCCUACACACUGACCUUCCCUUUCCUUGCUUCCUAACCUCCUCUCCUUGUCUCCUCUGUCCCCCUUUUCUCCAUUUAUUUAAACCUGCACCACCUUCUCUUUACUCUCGGUUUUACUCUCGCUGAAUGCAAGCUAUGCCAAACCUCAUCACACCUCAAGAGCUGUUAUCAGUCUUAAAGGUGCUCAACUUAUUUUGCAUCAAUAAAUAAUGACUAAAUUGAUGUGCAGAUUUUUAGUAAAUGACCAUAAAUGAGACCAUCAGUGAGAAAAGAGUGUAGUAGUCUUUAUAUUUAACCGUGGAGGGAAAUCUGCUGGACUACUUUAAACCUCCAAACAAACAGGGGGCGCUGUUCGCCCUAAAACAAACAAACAGGGUGAAGCUUUUGGAGCAACAAAUACAAAAAAAACCCAAUGAUGUUUAAAAUGCUACACAUUGCAUCAUUAUGAGACAAAAUUCAGCAAUGCAAAAAGUACAGAAGUGGACCUGCUGCGUACAGUUUACUCUUAUUUUGUGCCAUUCCUUUUUUUUUUUUAAUUAUUGAACUGUCACUUUGUAUGUCCGGGACCCAACUGAUGAAGUUUUGCUGUGUCUGUGAAUAAACACUGGUGUGAAGUCAGUAAAGCUCUCUAGGAGCGAACAAUCCCUCUGUGCCCUGAUGUGCUCUCAUAGACCACUUUUUAUGUGCUGUGCCACAUUUGGGUGGGUGGAUCUACCAGAAAGAAAAACAAAAAAAACAACCCAUUUUUAUUGUGUAGUGUUAAAAAAUAUUUUUAUGGAUUCUUAUGCACUCAUCAAAGGUGGACAUAUGUAGCGACCUGUUGCUGUUUUCACUCACGCUUGCUUUAAUUUUUCCGGGGAGCUUUUCUUUCUUUCUUCUUCUGCUGCUGAGGACUUUUGCACAUAUGACGUAUAUUUGCCUUGGUGCCAACAAACUGACCUUAUAAGAUGAUGUAUGACACAGCUGUUGGCAGUCUGAGGUGCCUUGCAAGAGUUUAAGAGCGCCUGCUCGUAUAGUCUAUAUCAGGGAAUCUGUCUGAGGACCUACGACGAAAAUAAAAUGCCUUGUUAUGUGUGAUGACCAUCUGUAAGACGAGCGACCGUGACCUCAUGGUUCAUGUACUCAGAUAUCGAAGAAAUAAACACAAGUGAACAAUC